AUGGACCCCAACAGGCUUUCCAUGGAACAGGGGAAAGAGUUCUUAAAGCAGCUUGGAAUUCCGCAGAGAGAUAUUGACUCGAUGACAGAGAAAUGGGUCGUUGAUGCCGCCGUGGAGGUUCUGCUACGGUUCCCACUGAUGCCGGGAGAGGAUCCAGGUGCCCGCUGUGUCUCCAGUAAGAAAUGUCAGCCUUCAGUGGACCGGCUCACGGCUUCACAAAGACGCAAAGACCAAGAGGAGAGGAAAUCCAACAUUCAGGUCCUGAAGGAGAAUGACCUGAGGCCCAAGGACAUGAGGCAGAUGGCACGUCAUUACAUACACCAGCGGCCCAUAAGACUCCCCAUGACUCAGAACCUGAAGAAGCUCCAGAAGGGACCGGUGGGGCAGAGGAAUCCCCCACCAGAAGAGGAGAAUACCAGGGUGAAGUGCAAGAACUGCGGAGCCUUUGGGCACCUGGCCAGCAGCAGAAGGUGCCCCAUGAAGUGCUGGGGUGGGGCCCUUGCCCCCCAGCCCUUGGGCUCCAGUAAGAAUGAAAACCUGGAACCCAGGAGGCCUCAGGACUGCCACACCCCAGGGUCCUUCCACACGACUGGCAGCGGGAAGGAACCAGGACAGAGGCAAGAAGAGCGGAAAGAGAAAGACCUGCCCCGGAAAUUACCCGGGAGACCCCAGCGGAAGCCGCAGAGCGCCUGCAGCGAACCCGCGGACUCGGGCGCCCACCUGCGGCGCCCCACCAGGCCGUUGCCCGUCCAAACCAAUACGAAGCCAUCUGUCCUGGGCCCUGUCCCCACGUGUCAGCCACCUGCUAGGACAGCUGACAGGCGGUCGUCCUGCCCUACACGGCCCCUCUAUAAAGCCCCUGAAGUGCGUGCUUGUGAACCAGCCCGAAGAUGCGGGGCGGACUUGCCCUGCGAAGAUCCAAAGAGCUCCUGCCGGGACCAGGCUCUCAUUUCCAAGUCGACAGCCGGCUGGCCUGAGGUUUCCUCCCGUGAUGUUCCCCCGUCGGCCAGGAAGACACCUGCGCUGGGUCUUGUGUGUCACCGCCAGGCACAAGCCAAGCAUCCUCCUGUGGACUCAAAGCCCCGCCCACAGCCUGCGCCGGGAACACAUGGCCAGAGCUCCAAAGUCAGCAUCCAGGCACAGGGGAAGAGGUCUCCCCAGGUCCCCAUGCAGCCUUCCCAGAACCCUCCAAAGAAAGCCAGAUUCAACUUCUUCUAACCCCCCUCCCGGGUGGGUCUCAGUGACCUGGUCUGGGGGUUGUCCCGGUCGCAGCUUCCCCCCAGUAUCCAAACAGAUACUUCAAGUGACUGGGAAGAUACCAGUCCUAAUGCCCAGUCUUGAACGCCAGGCUCCACCUGACUCACCUGGUCUGAGCCCCGUUCAGACCUGUGCUGUCCCCUAACCCUGACCACCCAGGCAUGUUCCAGGCCAGCAGGGGCGAGGAUGGGACAUGAGAUGGGACAGGGCGUGGCAGAGCUCCAGGUUUUCCACUGUUCUGUCUCCCUCUGGAGAAGUCUCCACCCGCUGGACAGAGCCCU